AUGUCGCCGAUUCCGAUGGUAGACUGUAUGGGUACGGUUGAACGUAUUUGUGGUGGUGAGACAAUGUCAGCUCACAAGUGGUAUUUUGCGCAUCAACCUCUAUCUCUAAUACGGCUCAGCAUGAGGUGGACCGAAGUCCAUCAAGUUGUCAUGACAACCGUUGUCUACAUGCAGAGAUGUGGAGGAAACUUUCUUCACCAUUUUGCCUCAGCUCUGAUUCGAUUUCACCUUCACCCUCGCUGGGGUCACAACACCCAAUUCGGAGAUGGUGUCAUUGAGGCUGAUGUCGUAAUCCAGACCAGGCCGAAGCGAAAUCCUCAUUUCCAACUGUGCUACAGAGUGCCUCCAACGGCACGUGUCACCGACCCUCCCAACGGUGGUUAUGCGGGGCGAGAGAAGAAAGUUGAGAAGAUAUCGGAAUUUGAAGAACAAGGAUUGACUAGCCGGUCCCAGUUGCUCCUCUGCACCUCCGGAUUUCGCCUCUUUGGCGGUUUGUGUCGAGAUCCAAGGACUGCAUGGAGCCUGACAAUUCUCCCGCCACUGCCUGCGGCACAGACUAGACCGGGUUGGCAGCCGGUGCUCUCCUGGACGAACAUUCAGCCCACACAUGCCCCAGCAGUAACGAAUUCUGUUGCUGAUGCGUAUUGGAGGCACGUCUGA